GGCGGCGGCGAGCUGAGUCGGUGCUGGUGCGGCGGGAACGGCGAUGAGGCUGCUCGGUGCCUUCCUACGGCUGCUGGUGGCCGGGGUGCUGGGGGCACCGCCCGCCCCGGCCUCGGAGGCGUGGGGGACCGCCAGCACGGAGCCGCCCGUCGUGAGCUUUCGGGAGAUCUGGAAUCGUAGUUUCUGCCGGCCUCUUGAGCAGCUAGUGGACGUCAUUACCGAGUUCCCAAACGAGGUGGAGUACAUUUUCAGACCCUCCUGCGUCUCCCUGCAGAGGUGUGGGGGCUGCUGUGGGGAUGAGGGUCUCCGCUGCGUCCCUGUGGAGACAAGCACGGUCACCAUGCAGCUCCUGAAGAUAAAGCCAAAUGGGGAAGCGCCCUACGUGGAGAUGGUGUUCACCGAGCACAAGCAGUGUGAGUGCAGGCCCCGGCAGGACCUAAUGGGGCUGGGAAGGAGAAGGUCCAAGGGCCGAGGUAAGAGAAGACAAGACAAGAAGAGACGUAAAGACUGUGACCUAUGUGGGACACCACGCAGGUAGCCUCCGCUCUGCCCCUGGCCUUGGUCCUGCUGCCUGCGUUGGAGAUGGCUGCUUUUCCCCCAGGCAUGGGAAACUUCUGGAGCUGGGACACUCCAAGCAACGGUGGGAAGUGGGAUUCUGACAGGGAAGAGCUGACUGCACUCUUGCUUGGCCCUGGCAGGAACACAGCCUGGAAAUGAGGACUCUCUCACGCAGUCUAUCAUCGGCAGCAGGACAAAAGGACCAAUGAUCAGGCCUGGGGCUGAAGAUAAGGAGCUCAAGCAGUGUGGUUGGCGUUCAAGGGCAUCCUGGCAGCAAUGAAGAGUAGAGCUGGUGGACGUGCUGGCUGGGGGACAAAGUGAUGUGGGGGGUGAGCGGAGACAGCUUGGAGGGCUGCAGCCGCAAAACUGCUCUGUCCUGCCAGAGCCCUGCAGCUGGGGAGGAAGGAAACCUGGGAAGGGCAAGGCUGCAGGGCUGCAUCCAUCCCAGCCUUGGCACGAGGCAGCCUAGGAGGGUGCCAGGGAACUUGCCUGGAAAGCCCUCUCGGUCGGGAAGGGAAGGGAAUCGGGGUUGCCAGGUCUCCUCUCUCACUAACAGCUACAUCCCAGCCUUGCCCUGCUCAAUAAAACCUGGUGGUCAGAUGCAGGAGCAGUCAGUGUGAGCACUCCUGUCUGCUUUCCAGCAGCUGUAGGGAGGGCUCUUCUCCACCCACUUAGGCUGCGGGAGGGCAAUCCUCUGGUGGCCCAGGGCUUGUCCCCAGCACCAACUUCUGCAGCACUCAAGGGUCUGCCCUUGCUGUGAUGGUGGAGAUGAGCGACCAGGUGGUCAGGAUUGAGCUGCUCACCAGGCCGGGGGCUACCUGUGUGCAGUAGCUCAGAUGAGUACUGGGAGACCCCUGGGGGAGCUGCCCUUCUCCUCCACCCCAUGGUGUGGGGCUGGCGCCUCUCUCUAUUCACCAUCUCUGUCCUGUUCUCACUUCAGUCCAUGUGUCUGGCUCAUUGUUCUGUGGGUUUCUUUCUCCCUGGCUGGACUGAUGCAAGGUCAUAGCAGCAGAAGAAACACCCCAACCCAAGAAAUAUGCAACCAAGGCUCAUUCACCUGGCAUGGGGCUAGGCAGGCUUGGUCCCCCUGUCACUCACUGAGAACAUUGUGGGGUGUGCAGGGAGCUGGUGGCCCUCAUCGAGGUGGCUGUGGGUGCUGCUGUUUUCUGCUAUCCCCUCAGCCAGGUCUGUGCCCAGGUCCAGGGGGCAGCCCCAGCCCUUGUCUCUGCACACCUUAAACUGUGCCCCUGGGGCUGUCCCUCUCCCCUUUCCCUUCCCUGCUGCAGUGGAGCUUGGGCUGGCUGCCAAGUACACCCUAUGUUGCUCUGUGCAAGGCAUACCCUGGAGCAGUGCACACAGCUGGAAACCCUAAGGGUGAGUUGGGCACCAAUAUGCCUGUGGGGCAUCCCUAGCAUGGAGUUAAAACAAAAUCAAGGGUUAUUCUGGAAAGCUUCAAGCAAAAGACUGGAGGGCAAGAUGUGCAGAGGGUUCAAUGUUACCAUCAACUGAGAUGAUGCACGGUUUAGCUGGCACUGAAGAGUGGAGACUAACAUAGCAAGUGCUGGGGUCUGAGGCAGCUCCUCCCUGUAUCUGGCAUGGCAUCACAUAGAUGAGGCAGACUCACUUGGAGCUCUAACGCUGGUGCUGCCUUGUGCCUGGCCUGCACAAGGACAAGGGUACAGGGCAGGUCCUGUGGCAAUGGUACCUUGACAGGGAAAGCUGGUGAGGGGUGAUGAGGCAAUGUGACCCUCCAUGCUUCCACCAUAUGGUGUGAUGUGGUGUAUGUGAGUUGCACCUGUGCAACUGCAGGAUCCCCUGUGGACUCCAUUUCUGGCAUCCACGAUGUCCUGGAGUACAUCUUGUGUGAGCUCUGCUUCAACAGUGGCUGCCUCAUGGAUGAGGGGGACUCACUGCUCCCCUCCCCACAGUAUCCAGGGCCUGCAUGGGCCACGUGGCACCUAAGAUCUGAUGGCCUGCCCUGGUCUGUGCAGCCUCUCCCAGUGCCUGGCUGUUUUGGCCUGGCUGGUUGUGCUUGGAGGCUGAAGAGAACUGUGUGCAGCACUUAAAGGAAGUGCACGAUGGUUUCUUCAUUAUUUUUUAGCAGUGAAAGUUUCAGUGCAGUAGUAUUAAACCUUUAAGAAGGAAGUUACAUAAACCCAAGGACACUAAUUCAUAAAAAUAAGUUUGUCAAGAGUGGUGAUUAAAAAAAAUUAAAAAACCCUGUUGGUCAGCAGCUUUUCCUGAUAGUUCCUGGUGUCACCUCUUUGGCUGCUUCUCGACACAGAGUUUUCAUGGAGCUCUGCCCAGAGCCAGUGAGGCUGGGCACCUGUGCUAUGUGGCUGGUCUGUGUAACUCCUCCCCUUUCAACACCCAGUGGGUGUUGUGUGUGUGUGGCCUUCUGUGGCUUGGGGUGUCAGGGUGAAUGGCGAGGAUGUGGGUGCCUGGGAGGCAUUCUGCUACUUCUCUGGACACAGCACACAUGUGCCCAGAGCAUUCUGAGAUGGUUAACUACAUCUACAGUCCCCUACCCCCCUCAGGCUCUGCAGGAGGGGUCUGGUCCCUGGGUAAAGGAAUCAGGACAGACCACAGCCCUAAAGCCAGGAGCAAGCAGGAAAACCCUUUGGUGAUCAGGCAGCAAACAUCCUCCAGCUGCAGUGCUCCCUAAUCCCCCAUCCCUCCUCUGCUGGUGUACUCCUUGUAGACCAGCAGCUGGCUUACAGGAGCAACAUGCCACUGGGUUAUCAGCAUCCUGGGGCUCCCUGUGUCUCCUAGCCUUAUAGAGCAAAGGUUUGUUUAAUAAGGGCUUUAGGAGCCAGGGCUGCAGCUAUAUGGAGAAGUUACAAGUGGAGACAAAACAUAAGCUGGUCUUCAGGCUGCACUAGGAACAAAACAUCAUGUUUUAUGGGGAAGUAUGUGAAAAGGCAAUGUGAUCAGCCCAGUGAUGUAUAACUGUAGCUUAUCAAGCCCUGACAUCAAAGCGUUGCUGAUACCCUGCAUGCAAAUAAAGAUGCACUGAGUCCUAAGCUCUCACUUGUGACUUACAAGAUCUUGAAUUCUCACAAAUUUUUCUGCUUGUUAC